AUGGUUGACAUGAGUUACGUCGACGUCUUCCUGAGUCCGUCCACCCGACAGUACAUCAGCAACAACACCAUGCAGACGAAACCCAGUGUCCUCUCGUGGUCGGGGACUCUGGGAACCGAGUCGAUUGGUAGGCUGUUACACCAGUUUUCGACAUCAUUCUGGCGUCCAGACAUAUGGCUUCUAGACGGGAUGACGUGGGAAGACAUGCAGCCGUCGGAGAAACUUCGUUACCCGGAGUUCAGUGACGUGUGGGUGUAUCCUCUCCUGUUCAGUGCUGUUUUCAUUUGCCUUCGUUACUUUUUCGCCGAGCCGUUAGUCCUGAAUCCGCUUGCCAAGUGGGUCGGGAUGACCCAAGUUCGCCCCAAUCCUCCAGUUCCUAGCAAGGUCCUAGAGGGAGUCUACCAAGCGCAUGGCACGACCCCGCCUGCACCAGUGUUGCAAGAAGCGUCUCAGGAAACCGAUCUGACGAAGAGGCAAGUGGAGCGCUGGCUGAGGCGGAGGAAAGCUUUCAUGAAGCCAACGAAAUAUGAUAAGUUUAUGGACUGUGGCUUCAAUUUCAUAUGCCACAGCGUCUUCUGUGUUUAUGGGUGUCUCAUCAUGUACGGCAAAUCUUGGUUAUGGGAUAUCAAGUUAUGUUGGACAGACUACCCCAACCACGCCAUUGACGACGACGUGUGGUGGUACUAUAUGGUUCUCUUGUCGUAUUUUUGGGCAGAAUCCUUUAUGCUGAUUCCUGCAACGGGACGCAAGCCCUCGGAUAAAGUGCAGACACUCUGUCAUCAUUUCUUCACUGUACUUCUGAUGGUGUUUUCUUGGACGUGCAAUUUCGUGCGCAUUGGUACACUGGUGCUGCUAGUCCACGAAUGCGCAGAUAUCCCUCUCCUCGCAGCCAAAAUGCAUGUGUAUGCUGGCAUCAAAGACCGGAUAGAGAUCCUCUUUGGCACAUUCCUUGUCCUAUGGCUGGUAACUCGCUGUUACCUCUUUCCUUUCUGGAUCAUGCAUAGUAUCUUCACGCAUCCUACUCCUUAUUUAGGCAUGCCAGCUGCUUACUUCCUGAAGGCGCUGAUAUGUGGUCUCUUCGUACUAAAUGCAAUCUGGACUUACCUGAUCGGCGCCAUACUUGUACGGAAGCUGUGUGGCGGUGUGCUUGAGGACUUGCGCUCGGAUGCCGAAGAUUCGUCAGAUCAGGACAUUUCUAGAAAGACAGACUAA